UGUCAUUGGUGUCAGUGGGAGGAAUAGUGCCCCAUCAUUGGUGUCACUGACUAAUGAUGGGGCACCAUCAUUGGUGUCAAUGGGAGGAAUAGUGUCCCAUCAUUGGUGUCAAUGGGAGGAAAAAUGCCCCAUCAUUGGUGUCAGGGGGAGGAAUAGUGCCCCAUCAUUGGUGUCAGUGGGAGGAAUAGUGCCCCAUCAUUGGUGUCAGUGGGAGGAAUAGUGCCCCAUCAUUGGUGUCAGAGCGAGGAAGCGUGCCCCAUCAU